AUGGGGGCUGAGAAACAAUGUCCCAAAGGUGGUGGAGUAGGUUAUGUUGGUGGCAUCCUUCAGCUUUUCGAUUGGAAGGCAAAAUCGCAAAAGAAGUUGUUUUUCAGCAAGUCCAACUCACCAGAGCAAUUGAAGCAGAAAAAGAGAAGUGAUGGGAAUUUGCCAAUGACACGGCUUCAUCUGAUGGAUGAGGAUGAAAUUGUAGCUGGGUCAAGUUUCAAAGGAAGCAGUGAUUACAGUUGUGCUUCGUCAGUAACUGAUGAGGAAUUUUCUGUUACUAAGGCCCCAGGGGUGGUUGCAAGGCUUAUGGGAUUGGAUUCGUUGCCAACGCUGAAUUUUCCAGAGCCUUAUUCUACUCCACUUUUUGACUCCCAGUCUCUUCGAGAUGCUCAAUACCGCAGAAAAAACCCAGACUGCCCUCAUCAUGAGCAUCAAAACAUGCAAACUGACAAUCUGCACAGUAAGGUGAAUGCCCCUGUUAGAAAUGCCUUGGAGCCAAAACCUCUAAAGAUUAUAAGUAGACCAAUUGAGAAGUUCCAUACUGAAAGUUUGCCUCCUAAAUCAGCUAAAUCGAUUCCCAUUACCCACCAUAAGCUUUUGUCUCCUAUCAAAAGCACUGGUUUCAUUUCAACUAAGAAUGCGGCCCACAUAAUGGAAGCAGCUGCCAAAAUUAUUGACCUGGGACCUCAGAUGAAUACUAAAGGGAAAAUGUCUCAAGCAGGCUCUUCUUCAGUUCCCUUGAGAAUUAGAGAUUUGAAAGAGAAAGUGGAAGCUGCUCAAAAACCAUGCAAACCUGCUGAACCUUCGCGAAGGCCAGUUGAAUACAAUGCUGCCAAAUAUCUUAAGGGGCAAUCUAUGAACAAGAGUUGCAAUGGAUUGGUAGAUACAACAUCAUUCAGGAUUUCUUCAAAUCCCGAAGAAUGCUCUGCUGGUUUAAAGAAUAAGGGAAAAUCUGUUUCUCUUGCACUUCAAGCAAAGGUCAACGUUCAGAAAAGAGAAGGAUUGAAUUCGAGUGGCAGCAGAAAUUUGUUUGUUCAACAAGAACAGAGUAAGGUUAUGUCAAGCCAGCUGUUUAAAAGCCAACCAAAUAAUACACAAAAGAAUUCACAUAAGAAAACUUCUAUACAUAAAAAUCCCAGUGUGCUCAGGCAGAAUAAUCAGAAGCAGAACUGCCCUACAGAGAGAGGAAAUCGGGCUAUACCUUCAAAGCUCUUGGAUUCUAACCCACAAGGUAGAAAAUCACAUUCUGUCAAUUCAGCUUUUGGGCAACAGAAAAGCUCAAGUAAAUAUGCAGGGAACUCCAAGGUUGUUUCCAGGAAGUCAGGCUUAGACAUGAUAGAGAGUAAAGAAGAAGUCUCAUGUUCUUCUACAACAAAUGUCCCUCGAAAGAAACGAUCUAUAGAUGGGGAUUUUCACUUGGAGAAAAAUCAGGAUGUCGGUGACAGGUUGAUUGAUAAAAAUAGGAAACUAAAUUUAUCAAAUGAACUGAUGAGUUGGGCUGAAAAUAGCAAAAGGAAAGGAAUGGAUGUUGUGUCUUUUACAUUCACCGCACCAAUGACACGAUCAGUAUCUGGUUCACAGACCUCCAGAGAGGUGGUAGAGAAAAGCAAUGGCUUUUAUUCAGAUUAUCGAAGUAAAAAGAUGCUUCUCGAUUCAGGUGGAACAAAUAGUUCUAGAUUUUCACUGGGAUAUAACGUGAUAGGAGGCGAUGCAUUAAGCACCCUACUGGAGCGAAAGCUGAAGGAAUUUGCUCAUGGAGUGGAAUCUUCUGUUUACAAAACAGGGAUGGCGGGUAGUACUGCUUCUACCUCUAACGAUUUCAUAACUGCUGUCAAACCAGUAACCACCACACCAAUGUUACAUGAUAGAAGGAGCGAAGACAAACUGUAUGCAGAUGAAAUGCAUGGCUAUUUUGCCCCUGGUUUUCCAUCAACUCAGCACUGGCACCCCAGAGAGAAUCAUAUGCCUGAGGGAGCUGAACAACUCGAAGAGUGUAGCAGCAACGAUACUGACGGCAGAAAGUUGCUCGAUUCUCGGCAUCCAAGUCCAAUAUCUGUUCUUGAACAUUCUUUUUUGGCAGAAAGUUGCAACUCCUCAGAUACUGCAGAGAGUAAGAGUACAGAAGGUAGCAAGCAAUCUUCGUCUGUCCAAGCUAAGGAGGUACUUGGUACGAGUUCUUCAAGGAAAUUCCAUUUGAUCGAAGCUGUUGCAGAUUUAUCUGACUCAGCUUCUUCCAUCUCUGCUAGAACCAUGGCCGGAAAGCAUGUGACUGUCUUCUCUGUGAAAAAUUAUGUGGGAGCAACAAAGUGGGAGCUGGAAUAUGUGAAGGAGAUACUAUCCAGUGUGGAGCUGAUGUUUAAGGAUUUUGCAUUGGGUCGGGCUCGUGAGAUCAUUACUCCUUAUCGUUUUUAUCUGUUGGAAAGUCUACACGUGGUGUUGGAAAGAGAUGGGGACAAUCCAAAGUUAAACCGUAAGGUUUUAUUUGAUUGUGUUAGUGAAUGCAUGGACAUCAGAUGCAGGAGGUAUGUGGGUGGGGGAUGCACGACAUGGGCAAAAGGGCUGUCUGUGGUGAGAAGAAAAGAGAGAUUAGCAGAAGAAGUGUACAGGGAGAUCUUAGGGUGGAAAGGCAUGGGGGACUGUAUGGUAGAUGAGCUUGUGGACAAGGACAUGAGUAGCCAAUACGGAAGAUGGCUUGACUUUGAAGUUGAAGCAUUUGAACUGGGAGUGGAGAUUGAGGGUCGGAUACUUAAUUCUCUUCUUGAUGAAGUUGUUUCCGAUAUCUUGCCUCUCUGACAGCUUGACUGUAAUGUUCCCUCUACAUUAUUCUUCCAUCACUUUUGUGUUCUUUUAUUUUGUAGAGUUAGCUGUUAAACUUAUAAUCAGGUGCAAUAAUGUAGAGCCAGCUUUUGGAUGUUUAUACAGAUAAUCUGUUAGCCUGCCCUCAAAAGUGGUACUAGUACAAAACUAACCAUAUAUCUUUAGAAUGCUGCAUAUGGUGAAGGCUACUAGUACAAAACUAACCAUAAUUAC